UUAUUAAAUAUAUUCAUCAGCAAAUAUGGAUAAAUAUUUAUCGAAACGUAAUGUUGGUUUUAUUGGUGGUGGAAAUAUGGCAACUGCAAUUGGUGCUGGUUUAAUUCACAAAGGUAUUUUGCAGUCAGAAUAUGUUUGGGUUUCUGCUCGUACAGAAAAAACUCUAAGUUUUUGGAAUGACUUAGGUGCUCAUACUACAUUUGAUAAUCGAGAAGUAAUAUAUCACUGUGAUAUUGUAUUCUUAGCAGUGAAACCCCAGAUGCUUGAUGAUGUAUUUAAGGAUAUGACAGACUCAUUGGAUCAGAAUCCAGUGCAUGUACUUUUUAUUUCAGUUCUUGCAGGAGUUACAUUGGAGACUUUACUUAAAGUAAAAAUCACUAUUUAAAUAAUAAUAAUUAGACAAAUAUUAAUAAUUGUAAUUUAUAUUUUCAUACUUUUAUGAUGUUUAGUGUAUUGUUCUAUGAAGGCAACAAUUGAAGAUGAUCUGUUAGUAAAAGCAUUAUUUUCACAUAUUAGUGUUGUUGAAAAGGUUCCUGAAUCUCUCAUAAAUGCUAUAGGUGGCCUGUCAGGUUGUGGCCCUGCUUAUGCUUAUCUCAUCAUUGAAGCAUUAGCAGAUGGUGCUGUAAAAAUGGGAGUUCCAAGACUUAUGGCAACAAAAUUUGCAGCUCAAGUAUUAGUUGGUGCUGGUAAAAUGGUGUUAGAAACAGGUAGACAUCCUGGACAAUUAAAGGAUGAAGUAUGUUCUGCAGGAGGUACAACUAUCGCAGGAAUUCAUGCUAUGGAAUGUGGACAAGUCAGAGCUUCUAUGAUGAAUGCAGUUGAAGCUGCAGUAAAGAGAUUAAAUUAA